GAAAAAACCACUACAAUUUUCAAGAGACUUCAAAUCGAUUAUUAUUACUCGUCAAACGGUGGAGCAGCCAAGUCCACUUUGCAUAGAGAGAGAAUCGCCAGCCAACAAAGCAAGUGUGAGUUAAAGUGAGAGAAAUAGCAAAAAAGGCAAAGAAGAAAGCAGAAAAAGUUUGUGUGAAGUUCCCACCAAUACCAUCAACUGCAUUGUUCUUGUGAAGGGGAAAGUAAAGGGGCUAAUUAGGCAAGAAUUCAACAAAUUGAUUAAGAAAAAGUUGAAUCUUUGAUUUUCAUCAAAAGUGUAGAGAAAUCAAGAAUGACAAGUCCUGGGUCAGAGAGACUGGCUUUGACUCCGGUGAAUCGAACGCCUCUUUCGGUGUCGGGUAGGGUUUCAAGUUCAAGAAGUUUGACAGAUGAAGUCAUAUGGAAGCGACUGCGUGAAGCUGGGUUUGAUGAGGACUCCAUUAAACGCAGAGAUAAAGCAGCUCUUAUUGCUUAUAUUGCCAAACUCGAAGCUGAGCUGUAUGACCAUCAAUAUCAGAUGGGUCUUCUCAUCCUGGAAAGGAACGAGUGGGAUUCCAAGAAUGAGCAAUUUAAAGCAGCUUCCGAGUCAGCUGAACUCUUAUACAGGCGCGAACGUGCUGCACGUCAGGCUGAUGAGGUUGCAGCUAAGAAACGUGAAGAUAAUCUGAAGAAAGCUCUUGGGAUUGAGAAAGAAUGCGUCGCAAACAUUGAGAAAGCGUUGCAUGAGAUGCGAGCAGAAUGUGCUGAAUCAAAAGUUGCAUCUGAGAAUAAAUUGGCUGAAGCACGAAGCAUGAUGGAGGAUGCUCAGAAGAAGUAUGCUGAUGCAGAGGAAAAGUUGCGUAAAGCAGAAUCCUUGGAAGCAGAAGCCAGCCUUUUUCAGCGUACUGCAGAAAGAAAAUUACGUGAAGUUGAGGCACGAGAAGAUGAUCUUAGGAGACAGACAUUAUCAUUUAAGUCAGAUUGUGAAGCUAAAGAGAAAGAGAUCCAUCUGGAGAAACAAUCUUUAUCUGAAAGGCUGAAAACUCUACAGCGGUCGCAGGAAGAGUUACUUGAUGCUCAGGCUUUGCUCAAUAAGAGGGAAGAUUUUAUAUUUAACAGAUCUCAAGAACUGAACAGACGCGAGAAAGACUUAGACAAUGCUAAAUUAAAUUUGGAGAAUGACGUUAAAGCCCUGAAUGAGGAAAAGCACAAUCUGGAGCUGAAACUUAAGUCUAUAUCAGCAAGAGAGGAAGCCGUAAUAAAAAAGGAAUGCGAGCUUACCAAGAAAGAGGAAGAACUACUGUUAUUGCAAGGGAAAGUUGAAAGCAAGGAGAUCGCUGGCGUUAAACAGGUUAUGGCUAAACAGGAGGCCACACUAGUAACUAAGAUUUCCUCUAUCGAGGCUGAGUUGGAAGCAAAACGAAAAUUGGUGGAAGAUGAGAUUCAGACCAAGAGGCGGGCUUGGGAGUUGAAAGAUAUGGAUAUUAAGCAUCGGGAGGACCUAUUUGCUGACAAGGAACACGAUUUGGAGAUUCAAUCAAGAACACUGGUUGAGAAGGAGAAAGAGUUGGAAGAUAGGUUACAUGUUAUUGAGGAAAAAGAAAGAAACCUCCAAGCUACUGAAAAAGAGAUAGAGUUGAAGAGAACAGUUCUGCAGCAAGAAAGGGAAGGAAUUAACAAAAUGAAAAAUGAUCUUGAAAAGUCUGCGAAAAUGCUGGAUGAAAAAAGAAAAUGCAUUGACCAUGAGGAAGAAAAUGUGGAGGCUAUGAAAAGUGAAACUCAAGAGUUGCUGAUUCUGGAAACAAGGCUAAAGCAAGAGAUUGAUAUGAUUAGAGCGGAGAAGGAAGAGAUUGAAAAGGAGGCAGAUCGGUUGAAAGCAGAGAAAGCUAAAUUUGAGACUGAAUGGGAGGUAAUUGAUGAGAAAAGAGAAGAGUUGCAGAAAGAAGCUGAACGUGUGGCUGAGGAGAGGAUAGCCAUUUCUAAGCUUCUUAAGGAUAGCCGUGACAGCUUGAAAGCAGAGAAGAAUGCAAUUCAAGAAGACUAUAAGCAAAAUCUGGAGUCACUUUCUCGUGAUCGUGAAGCCUUCAUGUAUGAAAUUGAGCGUGAGCGUGCAGAAUGGUUUAGCAAAAUUCAGAAAGAACGUGAAAACUUUUUGUUGGAUGCUGAGAUGCAGAAGAAAGAGCUAGAGAACCGCAUUGAAAAAAGACGUGAAGAAAUAGAGACUGACCUAAAGGAAAGGGAAAAAACCUUUGAGGAACAAAAGAAAAGAGAACUUCAGGAUAUUGCAUCUCAGAGGGAGACUGUGGAGAAGGAAUUGGAGCAUGUUGGGCUGGAGUUGAAGAAACUAGAUGCUGAAAGAAAAGACAUCAAUUUGGAUCGUGAGAGAAGGGACAAAGAGUGGGCAGAGCUAAAUAAUGCUAUAGAAGAACUUAAGGUGCAAAGACUGAAAUUAGAGAAACAAAGGGAAUUACUUCAUGCUGAUAGGGAGGAGAUUCUUGCUCGGAUUGAGCAGUUAAAGAAAUUGGAGGAUGUUAAGAUUAUUCCAGAUCGUAUUGUCACACCCAAAAAGUUAUAUUCUGAUCUACGAUCCACUGAACAUAAACAUUCUGCAAAAAGGUUACCGAAGCAUCCCUCAGUGCUGGAUGUUGGUCCGAAUGGGAAUUAUAAUAAUGGUGUUAGACAAGAUAUUUCUUCCAUCAUGAAAGAGAACGACAAUUCAUCUUCUCCUCUCUCUACUCCAUUCUCAUGGCUUAAGAGAUGUGCUGAUACAUUGCUAGAUCGUACACAAAGUAACAAAAGGCGGAAGGAAAAUGGGGAUUUUAUAACUCAAUCGACCGAGAAUGGUGCAUCACGUCCAUUAUCAACAGCACCAGACGCACCAGAAGUUGAACACUUGGAAGUUCCACCAGACCAAAUUCCCAUUGCUGCAGCGGAAACCACUGUGCAUGUUGAUAAAAUUGUUACAGUUCGAGAAGUGACAACAAUCGAUGUUAAGAAAGUCACGGAGGGAAGUCAGGAGACUCUGUCUGAGGAAAGUGGUCAGAAGGUGGGGAACAAUGAUAGCUUGGAAUCAGAUCGAAACGGGAAGCCUGAAGGCAGAUCCCGAAGGACUAGGGCAAAGAGGAAGUAGUGAGAUUGCCAGAUGUGAGAAGAGUAGCACCUGAGCCUUAAAUAAUUUGCUGUUCGCUUUUUCUUCAUUUCAAACUUUCAGGUCUUUCUACAAAAAUUUUCAAGCUAACGACUGAUUGUGACUGGUGGUACUCUACUGCCAUGUUUGGUGACUCGUUCUGUUCUUCCCAAACAUGUAAAUGUUUCAGGCUAACUCAUGCCCUUAAGUAUUUUUGUAAAUGGCAAUUUUUAGAAUAGGUAUGGUUGUGAAUGUUUAGUGUUUAAUCAAAGAGCUAUGAUUGUAAGUAACAUUAUAUCAAAGUGGUUUGUGUGUCGUCUGCUAUUUUGGUUUGCUUAUUGUGGUAAAUGCAACUUAGUACUGAGAUUUUGGGGAUUAUGUAGUAGUGAAUUCGAGUUAUUUGUGCUUGUCUCCCCAUGUUUCUAGACCAA